GAAACGGACGCAAGCCAGAAUUGCUUCCGCCAAUCACAGCAGGGUACGCUUUUGAAUCAGCCAAUCAGGACAGCGACCGGUUGUGGGCAGCGGAAGAGAGCUGUAGCAGCAGUGUGUGUUGUUAAGGGGGAGAAUUAGCCAGCGGGGCUAACUAUCGCUAACUGAGCCCCAGAUUACCCUUGCUGUAGAAGCGCACAACCCGGACUCUCAUCGGGUUUUAUUCGGAUGAAAAAGGCGAUGAAAACCAGCUCCUCCCCGCCGUUACAUGUGCACGUCAAUGAUAGCACACCUGUACACGUGCAUGUAAAGAAGGGCACAAAGAGCAGCCCCACAAAGACAGCCCAGGUCAAAUCAAAAGGUGGUUUACGUCCAACUGCUAAAGUGAAGACAAGGGUGCCAUGGAUUCCUCCAGGGAAGGCCUCAACACGAGAUGCAUCGUACAAGUGGGAGGGGCCCACACAUCGCUUGGAUAUCACCCCUAUGGCUGAUCUAGAACCUUCUCAAACAGCUCUCCGGAUGGAAGACCUCUCCACUGAUGAAGAGGAGGCGCUCCACGGACGCAUUAACCAGUAUGAGAAGAAGAUCGACAGCCUGAUGACGGAGGUCAGCACACUGAAGAAUGAGGUGGAACUGCGUAAGAAGGAGCAGUUGUUGGAGCGCCAGUCUGAAAGGCUUAACGUCUCCCAGCGUGUCAUUGCUGAGCAGGAGGAGGAGCUUGCUGAGGUUGCCAAGGAGCUGGAAAUCACAGAGCGGGAGAACACUCUCCUCCGGGAGUCCAUGGAAAAAAUUCUGGAAGAAAGUGAUUAUGGCAGGAUGGAGAGGGACAGCCUACAGAUGGAGAAGGACGUGCUGCUCAGGAAGCUGCUGGAAGCAGAGCUGGACAGCAAUGCAGCUGCCAAGCAGGUUUCUGCCCUCCGUGAAACUUUCAGCAGGAUGUCCAGGAGUGUGAGUGAGAAGAGGAUGUCUGGGUCGGAAUCUUCUUUGCUGGCCCGGCAGAAGGAUCUUCUUCUGCAGAAGCUGGAGACGUUUGAGAGCACUAACAGAACGCUCCGUCGCCUGUUGAAGGAACAGCACGGGCGUGAGAUGGACUCGCUUCGACUGUUAGAGCAGAAAGAUUCUCUCCUGAAGAAGCUCACUGAUACUGAGGCAGAGAACUCGCAACUUCAGAUGAAACUUCAGGAUAAAGAUAAAGAAGUCAAUCAGCUGUCCUCUCUUCUAGAGAAUGAAAAGGAGAAUUCAAGGACUACGAGCGAGCUGUCCAAAGUCCUGGAGUCAACCCGGGCUCAUCUACAGGGCCAGCUACGCAGCAAGGAGUCUGACAACAACCGUCUUGCUGUACAGAUUAGGAACCUGGAGCGAUCAGCAAAUCAGCAGCAGGGGGAGCUGGAGCACCUGCAGGAGCAGCUGAAGGAGAUGAAGCAGCGAGCAGAGGCAGAUAAGGAGGCCUUAAAGAAAGCCACGCGGGCCCAGAAACAACGAGCAGAGCGCAGCGAAGACACUGCCGGACAGCUCGGUGCCCAGCUGGCGGAGAUGGAAAGUCAGCUGGCAGAUGCUGUUUCAGCUGCGGAGAACUGGAGCAGUCGCCAUGCAAAGGAGCUGAAAGAUAAAGGACAACUAGUUAUUGAGAUCACUUUGCUGAAUAAUCGCAUCACAGAUUUGACUGAGCAGCUCCACGCCCAAGAAGAAAAAGCCCGUUCAGAAAGAGAUGGACUUCUGGAUCGCCUGCACAGCCUCACAACAGAGAGCACUACAGUUCGACUGGAGAACCAGAGCCUAAAGGCCACCCUUUCAGCUCUGGAGGAGAAGCUGUCCUUGUCUCGAUCGGAAGUGGAUCAGGUCAAAGCCUCGGUGAAGCAGUAUGAAAGCUUAGUGGAGAGUUACAAGACCCAGUUGCAGAAGACGCGUGCUGAGUCAGAUGAGUACAGUGUGCGUCUGCAGCAGGCUGAGAGGGACGCGCGGGGUGUGAGGCAGGAUCUGGAUGAAGAGAUUGAUCAGGUCAGGAAGCAGCUGCUGGGCCGCCUGACCGAGCUGGAGCCACUUCCUGAAGCCCUGCGACGCUGCGAGCUGCAGCUACAGGAGUCUCAGGAGAAGGAAUACGCUCAGGAGAAGAGGAGUGCUGAGCUCACGUCUGCGCUGGCAGACCUACGCAUGAAGGUGGAGCAGCAAGGCACUCAGAUGGAGAUGGCACAACAUAAGAACAUGGUGCUACUGGAGGAGAACAAGCAGCUCCAGAACAAGUUGGAGGCCCUCAACAGAAAGUUGGAGGAGGCCAACUCACAAAACGGAGACCUCCUGCAGGUCAUAACUAAGAGAGAGGAGACAAUAUUGAACAGCCAGGUGCGUCUGGAGGAAAAGUCCCGGGAGUGCUCUAUUUUGACCCGGCAGUUAGAAGAGGCUCUGGACGAUGCAAGGAGACAGGUGACCCACACCAGAGAGCACGCCGCUUCUAAAGAGCGCAUCACUCAGUCCAAAGUUAUAGACCUGGAGUCUCAGCUGAGCCGGACCACCUCGGAGCUCAACAAGCUGCGGCGAGCUAAAGAGGAGGCUGAGGCGAGGUACCAGAGCCGUUUACAGGACAUUAAAGACCGUCUGGAGCAAUCAGACAGCACCAACCGGAGUCUGCAGAACUACGUCCAGUUCCUCAAAGCUUCCUACACCAAUGUGUUUGGAGACUCCGCUCUCACAAGCUCUUCAUUCAGAGCCCACUCUCAAAUCUAAUAGCUGAUUAAAGGGAACAGACAUCAAACUGUGUAUUUUAUACACCGUAUACAUGAUCUCGUUUACAUUUCACUCUCAGUUUAAUAAACACUUAUUUAAUGUGAGAACCAAAGACUCUACUCUCACAGCUCUAUAGACUACAUAGAUUUGCGUUCAUGUAAAGCUUGUAUCUUCAUUUUGGUCAAUCUUCACUUUUUAUUAUAUUUUCGACACUAAAACAAUUGCCUAACAAUUUUUUUUCCGAAAUUUUCAGGAAACACAAAAACAUACAACAGCGGUUUAAUGGCUAUUUACAAAUGAGCAAUGGUUUUAGAGGAGCGUUUAUCAUACAACCGACCUGAAACUUAUUCCUAAUUCAACAUAUAGAAAAUAUCGAUUGAAAAUACAGAAAACAGUUCACAGAGCAGCCACAGAUUGUAUAAUAUUUUUAGCUAGCUUCAUGGUUUUUGCAGACAAAAAAUGCAAAUUUAAAAACUCAACUAAACUAUGCAGUAUUAGUAGCCUUUAUUAAUAAAAAAGUAAACUUUAUAUUAUAGGAAAACUCUCAUUAAUUACCAAUCGGGCAUGGGCCCUGAAUCAUUAGUUCUUGGAGAGCUUUUAAAAAGUCACAUUUUAUUUUGAUUUAACCACAGGUGACCAUAAAGCAUCACGGGGAGAUGAUUUAAGCAAAAAAACAAACAAACAAAAAACUAACAAAACAUUUUUAGACUAAUUUAGGAAGGUGAUUAUAUGAAUCUGGCAGUUGUUCAUAAUGAAUUGUAUAAUAAAAUAAAAUAUAUCUAUAAUGCAUCUUCAGGAUAGUUUAUGUAUUGCAGCUUUACACUUCAUAACUCCCUGUAUGCACUGAUUACAUUCUGAAUUUAUUAUGUAAAUUCUUAUUACAUACCUCUUUGUGUUGCAGAUCUACACAUUGUAGACUUUAAAGACAAAGGGAAAAACUAGCAACUGUUCCACUGGUGUAUAGAAUUAAAUGAGGGAUGACUUUUACCAUAAAGCCAUUGAAUUUUAUAGAAAUGCAGCAAACUAGAAAUGCAUAUUGUAUUAAAACAUUCCAUUUACAGAUAUGUUUACAUAAAUUGACCUGUAUGAGCAUGUUUUUAUCUAUUACCUGGGUUCACAAGGGUUUUCUCUGUUGUAAUAUACAGUAGGUAUAUAUUAAACAGGGUAUUAACUCAGGGUAAUACCGUGUUUUAAGGAUGCCUGGCGGCUACAAACAUUGGUUUGUAAUGUGCUUUUAAUGUAAGCAGUGGUCUGUUCCAGAGGAUCCUGAAUAGGUGCUACCGUUUUCUCUAGGUAAUGUAAUGUACAAAGAACUUUUUUUUCUCUUCAUAAACUUAGUUUCACUUGGGUUUGACGUUCUACCUGCACUUUUACUGUAGACUUUUACAGUUAUUUAUCUGAUGAUGUAAAAUCUGUUGUAGUAUGAAUUAUUGGAUUAGAAAUUGUUUUUUCAUCAGUAUAUUUUAUACAUUCGUGUACAUUAUUGAUGUAUAUUAAAAUAACUUUUUAUGUUGGAA